UUUCCAAAUUUUAUGCAAGUGAAAAAAAACAAAUUGAAGCUCCUGUACAAGUACCUGAACAAAUUAUACGAGAAAAGUCAAAGUUAAGAUCAAUUAAUCUUUUUCUGUGUUUUUUUAAAAUUUUUGAUUGUAUUUUCUUCUUUUCUUCUUGUUCUUGGAAAGAGUAAAGUGAAAUGGCGGGAAGAGAUGGAGACGAUGAUACCCCCAGUGAAUCCAGGAUGGUGGUUCCAUUGAAUACAUGGGUUCUCAUUUCCAAUUUAAAGCUGGCGUACAAUCUUCUUCGCGGUAAGGAUGGGACCUUCAACCGUCACUUGGCUGAGUUCCUUGACCGCAAAGUCCCAUCGAAUACAAAUCCUGUUGAUGGUGUUUUCUCGUUUGAUGUCAUUAUUGACCGUGGAACCAACCUCCUAGUCCGAGUCUAUCGACCAGUGGAUCCUGAGGUGGGUUCGCCUGGUUUUACGGACCUGUACAGACCCUCGAGUGCUGAUGUUGUUCCUGUUAUUGUGUUCUUUCAUGGCGGAAGCUUUGCACAUUCCUCUGCCAAUAGUUCCAUUUAUGACAUUCUUUGUCGACGUCUUGUUAGCCUUUGUGACGCUAUUUUGAUUUCAGUAGAUUAUCGUCGUACUCCAGAGUACACCUAUCCAUGUCCCUAUAUUGAUGGAUGGACUGCACUUGAGUGGGUUAAUUCAAGGACAUGGCUUAGAAGUAAGAAGGAUUCGAAAGUCCAUAUAUACUUGGCUGGCGAUAGCUCUGGUGGAAAUAUCAUUCAUAAUGUUGCUUUAAGGGCCAUGGGAUCAGAAAUUGAAGUGCGGGGAAAUAUAAUGCUUAAUCCCAUGUUCGGGGCAGAGGAGAGGAGUGAAUCAGAGAUCCAAUUAGACGGAAAAUAUUUUGUGACUAUUCAAGAUCGUGAUUGGUACUGGAGAGCCUUUCUUCCCGAAGAAGACCGUGAUCAUCCAGCUUGCAAUCCAUUUGGUCCCAAGGGUAUAAGUAUAGAGGGAAAAAAUUUCCCUCGAAGUCUUGUCGUCGUGGCUGGUCUGAACCUUAUUCGGGACUUGCAGGUUGCAUAUGCUGAAGGACUUGGGAAGGCUGGCUGUGAUGUCAAACUUAUAUAUUUAGAGAUGGCUACAGUUGGGUUCUAUUUGUUGCCCAACAAUGACAAUUACUUUACCGUGAUGGAUGAGAUCAAAACUUUUGUGAGUUCGAGUAGCUAGUGUGAAGAACAGGUAGCAUAGUGAGAGGUAUUUAAGUUUUAGCUAUUUCCUGUUUAGGUUUGCUUUGGCAUAUGGAUGCAGAGACAUCAACUGUCAUGUGGUGCCUGUGUAAGGUUUCUACGACGACCUUUAAAGAGAUGUUUAGGGCUCGGUGGGAAUAGUCCAUCUCUAUGUAAAUAUGUAUCAUAUUAUAGAACAUAUUUAUAUGUUUUAUUGUAAAAAUACUUUACUAGCAUACAGUCUAGCAUGAUACAAGUGCAUAUUUGAAUUUCA